AUGGGUAACGUUUGCUGCACUGUGAAUGCUUCCUUGCGAUCUGAUGCCCGGGGCCGUCGCCUGGGGAACAAGAGGGUGCAUACCGAUGGCAAGACCUAUGCUCCCUUUGGUAUGGUGUCACAGCCAGCCGACCCGCUCAAGGUGUCGGAAUACACACCCAGCCGGAGCGGCCUCAAAGAGAAGGUGGAUCUCCGCGAGUUCAUGACGACGGUGGAAGACCAGUCGCAAAGCAACAGCUGCUGUGCAAAUGCCGUGGCAGGGGCGUACGAGUACAUCAACAAGCGGGAAGCUCUGAAACGUGACGACUCCAUCGACGACAUCUCGCGGCUGUUUAUUUACUACGUUGGCCGCAAGCGGGAUCAGCAGUACUUUGGCGAGGACCCGAAGAUGGCCCCGCAAGACGAGGGGAUGACCCUGGGAGGUGCCAUUACCGCACUGGAGAUGAAAGGGGCCUGCCUUGAAAGGAACUGGCCCUUUGACCUGGACAAGGUGAAUCACAAGCCAGAGCAGGCGUGCUUUGAUCAGGCGUUGCGAUACAAGAUCGCAAGCUCUCAGAAGGUUCCUGUGGACCUGGAUUGCAUGCGCGAGGCUCUUUCUUCCGGGCAUCCCAUUGUCUUUGGGCUGAAGCUCACUGCGCAAUUCUUCCGUCCUCUGCCGGGAGGGUUCAUCCCAACACCGGACGCCAGCGACCCACAGUCUGCAGAGCAUGGUCUGCAUGCCAUGCUCUUGGUAGGUUACAAUGAUCGCCAGCAGGUGUUCAUCGUGCGAAACAGCUGGGGAACAUCUUGGGGUGAUCGUGGAUAUGCAUAUGUACCAUAUGACUACAUUGCCAACGGGGAGUUCAAUUUUUUAGACCAGUUUUGCAUCACAGGCUUGACAGACACGGACUUCACACCCGCCGAGGAUGACGGCAAUGAUUUUGGAUAUUCCAAAGAGCCGGAUGGUGCGGGCCAGCCGGAGGUCGUCGACUUUGAGGAAGACCUCCCCGAGAUGGCAGAGGAUGAUUUCGAUCCCGAGGAUGAGUUUGAUGUUGACAAGGAAGCCAAGCGGGUCUUCGACAAGUAUGAUGUGAACCAGAACGGUACGAUUGACAUCCAAGAGCUCCAGCUGUGUCUCAUGAUGAAUGGGGUCUUCAUUUUUCCCCACCAACUUGACGAGCUGAUGCAGCAAUAUCAGUCGGAUGGAAAGGCUGGAUUGUCUUUCGAGGAGUUUAAGCAGUUGUGCGGACAAGCCUGA